ACACAACGUCCACAUUUUACAACAACACCCGAACAAAAUAAUUAAUUCAAUCCCGCCAUGCCUCUAGAAAAACGACCAGUGCGAUAGGUUGAUGGGCCCUUGGUAUCGCAAGAAGUGGAAUUAUUGGAGCCAUGUGGCCUCAGACAUCUGCUGCAAUAUACUGGUCAAAGAACCCUCCGAGUGCAUUUUUUUAUCACCUGAGAUUCAGCCUCUGAAAAUCCUCAGGAAUAAUUAAUCCUCAACUGCAAUCAGUCUUCACUGGAAAAAUAAAACUGAAUGUUAAUGGGAAAAAAUUUGCUCGGCAAUUUUAGAGCGAGUACUAUUUUUUUUUUCUAUCUCUCACUUCGCUAUUUGCAAUAGAAAGAUAAUUUCCGAGUGUGAGUAAGAGGUCAUCUCCCCGACCUCUCAUUAUCUUAGUCCAUUUGGUUAUUGAAUUUAUAUACCACUGAAUUUCCGUGACAAACAAAAAUCUAUUCAACUUCUAUCAUCGACAAAUCAAUGUUCAUCGAUUUUGAGGACAGGAAAAUUUUAAAAACACAUGAUAAUUUAUUAAUAACUAAAUCGAAUUAGUCUCGUCAAAUCAACGAAUGAUUUAAUCCUGAUAUCGUCUGGAGGAUUCCAAAGGUACCAGAAAACCGAGAGGACAUCAGAGAGGAUGAGGCUGAGGAUUUCGUUGAUUUUGCUUAUGAUUCUCGUCGUUCGGCGAUCUGACGCCCGAGAAAUAACGCAUGAGGAUAUUAAAGAUGCGAUGCUGAGUCUCGUCCACAUGAUGCGGGAGAACUCGGACAAGUUGGACAGGCACGAGCUCAGGGAGCGUCAAUUGGGUGAACAAGUUAAAAAGGCCAUUAGUAUUUUAUCGAAGAGAGUCUCGGCCAUUGAUGGACUCAAGAUCCAUCUCACUAAGUUAGAUGACAGAAUUGCUGGGAUCGAGCAAUUAAUUUCACAGAGAGACGAGAGGGAAAGAAUUCAAAUGCAAAAAACCGCCGACGGCGUUGAACUCUUGGAGAGUCGUCUCAGCGGAUGGUUCACGGAUGUUGGGAGUAAACUGGUAGAGACGAAUAAUCGUCGUACCGACACCGAAGUACCGAGAAUUCAUGAUAAUAGGCCUUCCGAGAUAAUGGCAAAACUCAAUAAUACAGAGGCAGCUAUUGGUGGUGAGCUCGUCAAACUGGAGUUUGCACUCGAGACUAUUAACAAUAAGCUGGGGGAUGGGCCUGAGAGGCUCCUUAUCGUAUCCGAAGAGGUGGAGAAAAUUGGCAGAAGGAUCAGUGAUAUCGAGGGAUCCUUGGAAGUUCUGAAGUCCAAUGCUCAACAACUCCAUGAAAAAAUUGAGGAGAGGAGAGAGGAUGGAUCUGCACUCGAGACACAGACCCAGGCCUUGAUGAUUCUGAAGCAAGUGGCUGAGGAGACUUCCGAUAAAAUUCAACAACUUCCCAAAACAUCUGAUAUUCGUACUCUGCACAACGAGACUCAGGCUGUUCUCCAGGAGACGAAGCAUGCCCUGAGGGAGGCCAUGGCUCGAGAGGUGCACGAGGUCGAUGCUAAAGUACAGGAGACUAGUCAGGAAAUGAAGGACGCUAUUGGAGAAUUGAGGUUGGACCUGGCGAAUAAUGCAGACCGUGUAAAUGAGGAGCUGAAGGACCUGGGGAAGGGCCAGUCGGUGAUGGUCUCCAUGGCAGACCACGUCCUGGACACGAAGAAAAGAGUGGAGUAUGGAGUUCACCAGAUUCUCCUGGAGGUCGGGGAUCUGGUGAAGGCCCAGAGUGUUCACAUCAAUGACACCCUCCAAUCGAGGUUCGACGGUCUUUCCAAUGAUAUCAUGGACAAUCAGAACGGAGCUGUUGCCAAUUUAACUACAAAGAUGGAACAGGAGAUGAAUCAAGUCUGGAGGCAGAUCAACGUGAUGUACCAGCAGAUGACUGAAAGUGCUAAAGCUCUGGACAAGCUCCAUAAGCAGAACGAGGCUUACGUCAACGGGACGACCACGACGAUGGGAGGAAUGGAGAGUAAAGUCGGAGAAAUCACAAAACGCAUGGCAGAGGUCGACGAGAACCUGAACUACCUUCUGGGAAGGCUCUCUUUGGUCACUCAGGAGUUCAAUCAAAUAAAAUCGGGACUGGGUACUGCCCUGGAUAACAUCAAGGCCUCCUUCAAGGAGGUCCAGGAAAAAGCCAAUGAUCUGAGUAAUCCAGGGCCUCAUCCUGUCCCAGAGAACUACAAGGAGAUGGAUGAAACCCCCAAGAACGAGGAUGGACAUAUACCUGAGAUCAUAAGCCACGUCAAGUCGUAUUAAACCGAGAAAUCGAAAAUGAAAACGUGCCUUGGGGGAAUCCUGAUGCUCUCGUUGGAAAUUCGGGACCUCUUUUAUCUUUCAAUUCUUUUAGUAUUAUUUACCACGCAAUUAUCGUCAACGUAAUUCCACGAGCAAUUAGUGUAGUUUUUUAAAGAGCUGUCCUAGAAAACGAAAACAAAUGUUGAAAUACAAAAUAAAAAUGAAUCAUGAGAGAAAAGGGGAAUAUUUGUAAUGAAUUAAAUCAUCAAUAUUGUCGGCUGUCAACAAAUUGUUUUUACUAUUUACUUAUUUCAUCAAUAAAUCUUAUGACAUUCGUUCUGAACAUUUUUGGUUUAAUUCAUACGUUAGUUAGUGUUUAGAUUCGUUUCCAUAUUUUGUUAUUUUUCAUCGCAUUUUUAAUUAUUAUUCUUUUACUAUUUACACGUUUUCUUACCUAAGUAUACAUAUGCUACAUAUUUACUAUUUUUUUUAUCUCCACUCAUUGGAUUAUACUUGAUAUAUUUAGUGUA